GGCUCCGGCUCCCGCAGCGGGACAGACCCACCCGCCCAGGCUUUUAUCCGGCACCGGCAGCGUCUUCCUUCCCUCCCCGGUCUAUGGUGGCGGCGGCGGCGGCGGCUCCUCGGGCGGCAGCGGAAGACGAGGCUGCGGCGUUGCCAUGAACAGUGGCGGCGGCCUCCCGCCCCCCUCGGCCGCCGCCUCCCCUUCCUCCUCCUCGCUGGCGGCGGCAGCGGCGGUGGUGGCCCCGCCGGGGGUCGGGGGUGUCCCCGGCGGGGCGGCGGCGGGAGUCAAGCUGAAGUACUGCCGCUACUACGCCAAGGACAAGACUUGCUUCUACGGGGAGGAGUGUCAGUUCCUGCAUGAGGACCCGGCCGCGGGAGCUGCCCCGGGCCUCGGCCUCCAUAGCAACAGCGUCCCCCUGGCGCUGGCGGGCGCGCCGGUGGCCGCCUUUCCGCCCGGAGCCGUCCCGGGCGGGGGAGCCGGGCCGCCCCCGGGGCCCAAGAAGCCGGACCUGGGGGCCCCCGGGGCAGGAGCCGCCGCCGGCGGAGGAGGCGGCAGCGGGGUGCUCGACGGGCCGCGGCUGGCAAUUCCUGGAAUAGAUGGAGGUGCUUUAACUGAUACAAGUCUCACAGAUUCCUAUUUCAGCACCAGCUUUAUAGGAGUCAAUGGAUUUGGAAGCCCGGUGGAAACAAAGUAUCCCUUGAUGCAGAGAAUGACUAAUAGUAGCAGUUCCCCAAGCCUUCUUAAUGACAGUGCCAAGCCAUAUGCAGGCCACGAUCCUCUAACUUCACCUGCUUCAUCCUUGUUUAAUGACUUUGGUGCCCUCAACAUCUCUCAGAGAAGAAAGCCAAGGAAGUACCGCCUGGGGAUGCUGGAGGAGAGGCUAGUUCCGAUGGGAUCAAAGGCACGAAAAGCAAAGAACCCUAUUGGCUGCCUUGCUGACAGGUGUAAAUCAGGAGUACCCAUCAAUAUGGUUUGGUGGAACAGAGUCACAGAAAACAAUUUACAGACACCAAAUCCUACUGCAAGCGAGUUUAUCCCUAAAGGAGGACCAGCCUCCAGGCUGAGUAACGUGUCCCAGUCCAAUAUGUCUGCCUUCUCUCAAGUUUGCCCUCACCCCUCCACGGGAAGUCCUGCUGCUGCUGGAUUAGCACCAGGAAUGUCCUUGUCUGCCGGGUCUUCUCCUCUUCAUUCUCCCAAGAUCACUCCACAUACUUCUCCUGCUCCCAGAAGAAGAAGUCACACUCCCAGUCCAGCAAGUUACAUGGUGCCUUCUAGUGCCUCCACGUCUGUUAAUAAUCCUGUUUCUCAGACUCCGUCUUCUGGUCAGGUGAUCCAAAAGGAAACUGUCGGUGGGACGACUUACUUCUAUACAGACACAACCCCAGCACCUUUGACUGGAAUGAGAUCUUUCAAAAAUUAUCACAGAACAGCUUGCCGAACAGAAGGUCAAAUAAUUGAGGUAUUUCCGAACUAUCACAUAUAUCCUCCGACUGCACCUCAUGUCGCGUAUAUGCAGCCGAAAGCAAACGCUCCCUCCUUCUUCAUGGCCGACGAGCUCCGACAGGAGCUGAUUAACAGGCAUUUAAUAACAAUGGCCCAAAUUGAUCAAGCAGAUAUGCCAGCAGUCCCCGCAGAAGUUGACAGCUACCAUAGCCUGUUCCCUCUCGAACCACUGCCACCGCCCAACCGGAUACAGAAAUCAAGUAAUUUUGGAUACAUUACAUCCUGCUACAAAGCUGUGAACAGCAAAGAUGAUCUGCCCUAUUGCCUUCGGAGGAUACAUGGUUUUCGUCUUGUUAACACAAAGUGCAUGGUGUUGGUCGAUAUGUGGAAGAAAAUUCAGCACUCAAAUAUUGUGACCUUGCGUGAAGUAUUUACCACUAAAGCAUUUGCGGAGCCUUCUCUUGUGUUUGCGUAUGAUUUCCAUGCUGGAGGAGAGACUAUGAUGAGCAGACACUUUAAUGACCCUAAUGCUGAUGCCUAUUUCACAAAGAGAAAGUGGGGCCAGCAUGACGGGCCAUUGCCCAGACAGCACGCUGGCUUGUUGCCAGAGUCUCUGAUCUGGGCCUACGUUGUGCAGCUGAGCUCGGCACUGCGCACCAUUCACACGGCAGGCUUGGCGUGUCGCGUUAUGGACCCAACAAAGAUUCUGAUAACUGGCAAAACAAGGUUGCGAGUAAAUUGUGUUGGAGUUUUUGAUGUUUUAACAUUUGAUAACAGUCAGAAUAAUAACCCAUUGGCAUUAAUGGCUCAGUACCAGCAAGCAGAUCUGAUAUCAUUAGGAAAAGUUGUGUUGGCUUUGGCUUGCAACUCUUUGGCAGGAAUUCAGCGAGAGAAUUUACAGAAAGCCAUGGAACUGGUGACAAUCAACUACUCCUCUGACCUGAAGAAUCUGAUUUUGUAUUUGUUGACUGACCAAAACAGGAUGCGAAGUGUAAAUGACAUCAUGCCCAUGAUUGGUGCUCGAUUUUAUACUCAGUUGGAUGCUGCUCAAAUGAGAAAUGAUGUCAUAGAGGAAGACCUUGCAAAGGAGGUUCAAAAUGGAAGACUGUUUAGGCUUCUAGCAAAAUUGGGAACAAUCAAUGAGAGGCCGGAGUUUCAGAAGGAUCCCACCUGGUCGGAGACUGGAGACCGCUACCUGCUGAAACUCUUUAGGGAUCAUCUCUUCCAUCAGGUGACAGAAGCGGGUGCCCCUUGGAUUGACCUCAGCCAUAUCAUUUCUUGUCUUAACAAGUUAGAUGCUGGUGUGCCAGAAAAAAUCAGCCUCAUUUCCAGAGACGAGAAGAGUGUACUUGUGGUGACUUACAGUGACUUAAAGCGCUGCUUUGAGAACACUUUUCAGGAACUGAUCGCAGCCGCAAACGGUCAGUUGUAGUAUUUGCUGAAACAGCACGCAGGACGUGGCUGAGGACCCUGGCCCAGAGCACACUGCACUCCAGCUGAACUGUCCUCACCCUCUCGCGUCACGUCUGGGGGGCAGACAGGAGAUGAGCGUAGCUGCUUGCACUUCAGUCAGGUACACUGUUACUUGAAAGGAAGAAUGUCUCCCUUACCCUAGAGCUGUGGCUGCCGUCGGGGCCAUAUCUGUGAAGAUUUUAUUUUAGAUUAAGGAGCAUCAUUAGGUGAAUGAUGUUCCGGCUUUUGAUUUUUUCCCACUUGUAUAUGCACUAAUUUUAAUUUUUUAAAGACUUUUUUCUGAUCUUUGAACUUUUGCCACAUUGUAUACUUAUUAAGGGAAACUAUUUGCAAGGACAUUUUUGGGAAACAAUGAUGGGCAGCAUUUUGGUCACUGAGGGUUGCAGAAUCUGCUCUUUUGGGGAUGGGUUGCCCUGAAUAACAUGAUGGACCAGGUAAAUGAUUUCUCAGAAGUACCGUCUAGUGUGUCAUUCUUGUAAGAGUAUUGUAUGCAAGCUCUGUAUGCCACCCACUGUUAGUUCAAAUUGAGAUUUUGGGGUUUUUGUUUUGUUUUGUUUUUAAGAACAGAGAAAGAUCAGUGAAUUGUUGGAUACGCAUUCCCGUAUUAGUAGAUUUAAAUCCUUUCUGAAUAAGGAUUGGAGAAACAGGAACUUAAAGAGCACAUAGAGCUCUUGGCUCCAGAUUUAACCAGAGUCUUUUUUUUUUUUUUUUUUUUUUAAAGGCGUUUCCCUGAUCGUCAGAUAUACUUACAUUUAUGCAAUUUUUUUUUUAAUAGAAAAAAAUUAAAUUGUGUUCAAGGCCUGAAGUUCAGGAGCAUAUUGCUUUAGAUUAUUUCCAGUUUGCUUUUUUGUAUAAAGUUCUAUUCUUUGAACCACAGCUUUAUUAUGGUACUUUACACUGGAUACAGACACAGAGACACUGUUCAGAAGAUGAACUAAACACAGCAGUGGUCUGGCAUCAAGAGCUUUCUGAAGUUUUACAGCCUGAAUCUGGAGGGAUAACAAUCUGCUGUGCCUUUGCAGUCACUGCUUAGUCCAAAGUCAUAGUACUUUUGAUAAUAACUUCACUAUGUGGGAUAUUCCUGAAUAAGUCAAUCUCAAAAGUUUGAAAUUUUCCUCCUCUUAACUUUCUUAAUAUUUGGACGUGCAGAUGUCGCCAAACUUGGGUAUUCAUGGAAUUUCUAGUUAAUGAAAUACCUAUACUUUGAUACCGAAGACUGCCAAAUACAUAGGAGUUUUCUUUCACAAAAAAACAAACAAAAAAAAAACCACAAAAAACAAAAACAGUAAUGAAGACUAUAUCUCCUUUCCCAGCACUGAAUGUUUUACUAGCACUGGGUGCUCACCAUGCAACUAUGAAGAAAAUGUGGAAACUCAAAAGGUCAGGAAAGACUUCCAAGCACUUGCAACUGAUGUUACGGUCUUCAAUUUUAAUAAUUACACAUAUUUGUAGUUUUCAGAGAAGUUUUUAAUAUUUCUCUGUCCACUUUUUAUAAGCUUUAAAAUGAUUUUCUCUGCCUUGAGAUUUGCAUCAAGAAAAAAAAACCCACCUCUCUUCACCUGAAAGCUUUGAAGACUAAAGACAUGCUUUACACAUUUUAACAAGUGUGUUUGAGUCCACGUUUGGUAGCAUCAGUUGUUGAGUUAAAAAGAAAAUCAAUUAUUGCAUUUGAUCUGGAUGGAUUUUAAAAGAACAUAAUGUUCAAUAUUCAAAGGAUAAUUAACAUUUGCCACCAUGAUGUUCUUUUUUUAUGUAAAAGGAACAAGAACUUGGAGACGUUAACAUGCAAAAGUCUUUUAUCAUUAGCUCAUGUAUUUGAGGAAGAGCAGCUGUCUUUUUAUAUGUUUUUUGACAAAUCAUAUUGUAAUUCUUUUGUACAAAAAAGAACUACUUGUAUUCUAGAAGAAAUAUGAAAUGCUUAAUUUAUAAGCGGGCUGGAGAUUUUUUCCGAUAUUGUUUUCUUUGAAAAUGAAAGGGGAUCAUCUAUUUUAGUUUUGGGGUCUGGGAACUUUUUGAAAAUUUAAUUUGUGGACCAAUGUUUUGUGAAAGCUAAUAAGGAAGGGCAGGGGUAAAAUAGGGCUUGAAUUUCUCAUCCUGUAUCGACCAGCAAACUUCCCUCUGCAAGGCAAGUUCAAAUCACAAACCCAAGAAUGUUCGCAUCCUAAGUGCUAGUUUGCUUCAGCCCCUAGUAACCUCAGGACUUGGUUUGAAUAUAAAGGUAGACAGCUGAUAUGUUUUCAUGAGUAAAUAUUGUCGGCCAGAAAACAGUUGGUGUCAGGUAAUACAUAUUUUUUUUAAGCUUUGUUUUAUAUUUAUUUUUCAUUUAGUUUUUAUUGGGAAUGGUUUUUCAGUAGAACUCUUAUUCUGCCUAGGUGUUUUUUUGGGGAGCCCUCUUUCCAUAGUGUAAUUCCAUUUAAGAGGUUGUCUCAAAGGUAGUCUUUUUAAUUCAUAGGAAGAUUGUAAUAUCUGAGACUAGUCAAAUUAAGGAUACAAACGUCUCACACCUUCCUGUUACGACAGAUCAAAGCACAGAAAGGACAACCCUUGAAAUCAUGUAACAUUGGUCAUUUCAAUUUUUUGUACCUAUUUUAAAUUCUGGUAGUGUAUUUACUUCAUUGUAAAUAUAUUUGAGGGUACCUUUGUAUUUUGCUUUUGACCUUGGUUCUGUGGUUUGGAUGUCAACAACUUCCCUAAAAGCACCAGUAUGUUAAGUUCCAAUGUCAUGGUCCCAAUAUGGGUUAUUCAUCUUUAAUCCUGUUUUCAGUCUCUAUGUGUACAGCAAUAUUUUUAAUAAAGAAUUACAGAGAAGUU